CCCCUACCAAAACAAGUAUUACACAAGCAGCUAGCUGGUACGGCAAACAAAGCUCUGCACCGGUGACACGCAUACGCACGCACGCAGGACGAACAGCAACAAUGGGGCUCAAAAUCGAAGUGGAAUACUGUGGCGCAUGAGGCUACGAACCCCGCUUUCGGGAGCUCGCCAGGACGGUUAAGGGCGAGUUCACCGAUGCGGACGUGCAUGGCUUCGUGGGAAGAAAAGGCAGCUUUGAGAUUCAAAUCAACGGGCAGCUGAUCUUCUCAAAGCUCGAGACGGGUGGUUUCCCAUACGAGGACGACAUCAUGGAUGCAGUUCAGCAAGCCCAUGAUGGAAAACCCCCGCAGAAGAUCACCAAAAGCCGGCCGCCAUGCGUCAUCAUGUGAACGAGUCUCCGUCCUGCCUCAACAUCAGCAGCGCCAUGACAUACCAGUGCUGCCUCUGGUUCAUCCACACCCUGCUAAACCAGUUUGGGAUGUAACAUUACUUUAACCAUCAGGGAAGCACUACUACCCCUAGCAGACUUCUGGCUCCUCUCUCUGUUCCCAUUGCGGUGCUCCAGACUAUUAAUGAUUACCAUAGCUUAAAAUGAAAAGGCUGUAGUAUGAUGAAUGCGUUUCUGGAGUUUCCUUUUUAUAGGAGCAGAGACGGUGAGAAGAUGCUGCAGAUGAGUUGGAGGGUGCUCACUUUUAUUUUCUUAAUCUCUUAAUUUGUAUUCUUGUCUUACGCAUCAUAUGCUCUCAACCAAGUUCACUGGAAGCAGUAGGAAGUAGUUGCACAUAACUUUAAAAUAGUAAAGGAAGACUCUUGGUGUCUCUAUUCCACUCUAUGCUGCAUCCUCGGUUACUAAUUAACUUUCUGGGUUUACGGGUUGUGAAUAGCACCAUGGUGUCCUUUGCCAUGGCCAAAUGCAAAAUUAAAUGUUGAAAUAGUUUUCUUUCUUUAUGCAUAUCAGAUUGGAAUAACCACUACCGUGAGCUGUUUUAAUGCUGCUGUGGUGGGCGGUCCCUGAGCUCUGUCAAAAACCUGGGUUAAAACGGUUGUUCUGCUUUGUUUGUUACGCUUCACUGUAAUUUAAAUUGAUCACAUAGUCAUCAGCUGUGCCCCUGAAGGCCAUCACCCACUGGUCUGUCAGGCUCACGUGAUGAGAUGCAGACUACUUUUUCCAAAAAUCUUCUUUGUUUAAAUAAAGGUCGUGAUUAUUUAA